UCUUAGAGUCCGUGCUACAGUUGGCUACAGAUGUGUAGCCCGUUGCUCUUCUCUCUCAUCGUUUAUCUUAUUAAAAUAUGUUUAUAGCUGAUUAAUAGCCUGAUAUUGUACCUGCUCUAGUGCCGUAGAGCCCUUGAAAAGAGGAGGGGAGAAGGAUUCGCCGGGUUGAUUUGAAUAACUGCUACAUAUCGGGUUCCUGCACGACGCUAGCGCUGCCUCUUCUGCUAAAAGUAGCACUUACACACGAUUUUUUAAAAUUUGUUUGCUUUAAUUAAUUUUCUAGGUUUAGGGUUAGGUCUCGAGACUCCAAGAACAGCUUCGAUUCCUCAGUAGGAGGAGGAGGAGGAUGGCUUCGUCGUCUUCGUCGUCGUUGCUCCGAUCAGUCGCCCGCGAGCUCCGGCGGUCGAUCCCUCCGCCGCGCCCGCGCCCGGCCAUGUCGGUGAUGGACCGACUCGCCCCGCGUCUCCUCAGCACCGAGUCCUCUAACCACAAGAUGAACCCCUCCUCCUCCUCCUCGCCGCUUCUGGACAACUUCUUCCGCUCCGAUCGCGCUAAGAGGAUGGAUACCAGUAAGGUUCAAUUCUCAAAGGACGACCUUAAGGAAUUUGAUAGGUAUUUGGAUGAGAGGACGAAGCAAGCUGAGAGGAACUUGUUGCUGUCUCUGGACAAGUUCUGUGAUGCCUGUGAAAGACGGGCUUCUCUGCUUCGAGACAUCAAAGCGAUGUUAGAGGCUAGAAAUAAACGGUCUGCCCAAAAGUUUCUUCUUGUUAAGCAAUGGGCAGUGUUAAUUUCUUACUCCUCUGUUCUUGGUUUUGCUCUUUAUAAUCUGCAUUUGUUUAGUUGAGAAGAAAAUGUCAGCUGCAAGCUCUAUGACCCUUUGCUAUUAAAGUAUGAUUGUGUUAUGAGCUUGUGGUCAAUGUCUUAUCAGGCUUUGCUUUGGAUUUAAUGUACUCCGUAUACUGAAAAUCUCUAUAUCUAUAGAGAUUUGCUCCGGUCCAACAAAAAAGUAUCUCGAGAUACCAGUACCUCGAGGUACUUACUUUUUGUUGGACCGGAGCAGAUCUCAUAUCUAUAGGCACAGGAGUGGGCCUUCUUCCGCUAGCAUCUAGAACAUUUGAUCAUUCACGAUUACGAUUUCCAGAUGUGCUUAUAUCCUAGUUUUCAGUUUUUUUUUUUUGGUGGCUGGCUAGCAUCAUGUGUUCAAGUAUGCAGUGAAAGAAAAAGUUUAGUUAGUACCAUUGAACUGAAGAUGUUGGCUCAGGAAAGAAGGUGUUCUUUUGCUGUAUAAUGAUGCUUGAUUGCUUGUGGUGCACUACUGUACAUUUAA